GCAACCACAUCAAACAACGAAUCUUCAAAUUGUGAUCGAAAGUAAUUUGAAGAAAUUCUAUCAUCAGAAUACAUAGCAUUUACCCCCUAUCAAACCAGUUCAACAUACCGUGCGCAAAGACGGACCAGCGCAAUACAGCGAAUACUCUCGAGUGGGAUAUCUAAUUAAAGUACCAAGUAAUCUGCAACUCAUACACCCACAGCUCCACGUUGAUACCUCCUACUGGAUAGUCUCUUUGUCAGUAUACACGACUGUUCUCUGGAUCAACAUAGGAAGUGCGAUACAUUUGAGUGCGGUAUAGAGAGUGCCAUUCCAACGCAGCAUUCGAGCUUUGGUAUAUUGGAGCGAUCAUAGGCUUCGCGUCACAUAUUUUUCAGUUUCACUCAACUGGCAAGCCUGCUGUGUCAAUCUUGAUACUAUUUGCCACGGUUUAUCAAGAAACACGCAACAUCAGGUUGGGUUUGCAACUUGAACCUAACUUAUUCGAGGUUACCCAGCUACCCCCACAAGAUGUCUUCCUCCUCUGGCACUCCAGAAUCCUGGAUCUCUUCUUUCUGCGCAUUAUUGGGACAUGAAUACUUUGCAGAGAUAUCGGAGGAAUUCAUAGAAGAUGACUUCAAUUUGACAGGUUUGCAAACACAAGUAGCUAUGUAUAAGGAAGCACUCGAGAUGAUUUUAGAUGUCGAGCCAGAAGAAGAUGAGGAUGAAGAUGACGAGGAUGAGGAUGAGGAUGAGGACGCAUCUAUUGAGGGCGAGGAUCGAUCAGGACGUAAAGCUGCAGCCGAAAGAAGACAUCAACGAAUGGCAAGCGAUCUGUCGAUUAUAGAAUCCUCCGCAGAAACGCUUUAUGGUCUUAUCCAUCAGCGAUUUAUCUGUUCUCGAGCUGGUAUACAACAAAUGUCCGAGAAGUACGACCUUGCCCAUUUUGGUGUAUGUCCACGAACACACUGCGAACAAGUCCGCACUUUACCCGUAGGAUUAUCUGAUGUACCAGGCGAGGAUACCGUCAAAUUAUUCUGUCCCUCCUGUCUCGAUGUAUACGUUCCUCCAAAUUCUCGGUUCCAAACGGUCGAUGGUGCCUACUUUGGACGAACUUUUGGGGCGCUCUUUCUCCUCACAUUCCCCGAUUACGAUAUUAGCAAGAAGGGAUUAGAAGCAUUAAGUGGGCAUGGAGGCAGAGGUUUACAACAUUCCAACGAUGAAGAAAAGGAAAAGAUCAACGGCAUGAAUGCAUCAAAUCUUGCACCUGGUCUCGGCAAGGGCAAAGUCUAUGAACCUAAAAUUUAUGGCUUCAAGGUCUCGGAGAGAGCGCGAAGUGGUCCUCGAAUGGGCUGGUUGAGAAAACGACCAGAAGAGGUUAGAGAGUUGGAUGAAGCGACCGCAUAUGCGCUAGAGCAUGCCGAGGAUAGUGAUGAGGGUAUUGAUGUUGCACCUGGUAGCGCCAGUGCGAGUGCUAGACUCAAGCCACGGAGGAGGAAUGUAAGAGCGGUGGCGAAUAACGGAGGUAGCCCUAUGAGCGUGGAAGCCAACGGAGAGAUUUUUUCGUAGCAUGACUCUUUGAACGAAAAGACUGAGGGGUGGACGGAGGGGCGUUCAGGUGCUUUUUAUCGUCGCGGCCAUGGAUGGAUGAUACAGUAGAUGGUUUGGCUUUUAUGAUUAUCAUAUGGCUUGUGUUUGCAAAUCAACUCACAUACAUAUAUUGGCGGAUUCGAGCGCAUGCGAUUGCUUGCUUAAUUGUUUAUUACCUUUGUGAUGAGCGAGUGUGAGAAGAAUGCAUUUGCUUUUGCAUGUGGGUGGUUUACUCUGAUUUGGUGGAAUGGUUGAUUGUGAGUCAUAAUUUGGGUGGUGGCUACUGGAGAGUAUUGUGGUCGGGUGUUCGGAGGGGGUUUGAAGUGGAGGGAACAGAUACAAGAACUGCAAGGAAUGAGAGAGUAUAUUUGCUAUAGGAAUGAAAUGGUAUGGUUGUACCUAGUUUAAGAAGCUAAAGAUGAGACCAGAUAAAUAGUUGAUAGUCA